CUGAAAUCAAGAUGGCCGCAUUCGUGAAAACGCAGAUGCUCCAUAGCUUGCAGAGCCCUUGCACUGCGCCACGCAUCGCGAACAACGCUUUCUGCAGAGGAUCCCCUGUUCUGAAGCCAAAGAGCACUUCUUAUUAUUCUACCCCUAGUGUACACCAACCGCAUCGCCAGCACCGAAACACCUUGAAGAUAAGCGCAGUGGCCUCAGCGCAGCCCAGCACUGUAAAGAUUAUCACCCAGGGCAGGCAUGUGGAAGUGACACCAGCGUUGAAAAAAUAUGUGGAGGACAAGCUGAGCAAGGUGGUUGUAAAAUACGAGGCGGCCAUCAAAGAGGUAGAUGUGAGGUUAUCAGCCUCUGGGGGCGACGCCAGCAAGGGUCCAAAGAAGCAGAAGACUGAGAUCACCAUCUACACGCUGCGAAAUGGGAUUGUGCGAGCUGAGGAUGUUGAGGAGAGCAUGUACGCCAGCAUUGACCUUGUGUCCGACAAGGUUGCUCGGAAACUGCGUAAAAUGAAGGAGAAGGCGAUAUCGCGCGGCAGGUGGGCGGGGCCUGGUGGUCCCCGAGGUGGAGAGACUAUCGGCCAGUCAUUGCCAAGCGAGGCGGAGGACUUGGUGGACAAGCUGCCCACGGAUCAGGAGGCCGCUGCCUUCCCUGAGGUUGUGCGCACCAAGACCUUCGUCCUGGAGCCCAUGAGCCUGGAGGACGCCCUUGAGCAGGUGGAGCAGGUCGGCCAUCCCUUCUUUGUGUUCCGGGACAAGAGCAGCAAGCAGGUGCGCGUGCUGUACAAGCGCAAGACCCGCGGCUACGGCGUCAUCGUGCCACAGCUUGAUGACUAGGCCCCGCAGCUGAUUAGGCUGCGCACUCAAUGCUAACUCGAUGCAAAGAGCACCUGCUACUACAGAUCUGCUGCCGCCCGGAUAAAUGGCAGCGCUCACUGGCCCAGUGACUGGGUUUGCUGAGCAUAACAGCUGAAAAAAUGCAGGUGGUAUCACAGCCGCAUAGUCUCUGUACUGCAAAUACUGUUUUGUGCUUGGGUGUGAGAAGACACUCGGAGGCUAUUGAGCAAGUGGGAUCGCGAAUACUAUUUUAGUAAAUGCAUCUGAUGCAGGUCAGGGAAGAACUGCUUGACCUAAUGGGAAGGAGGAAUAUCCAGCAUUGUGUUGUAUCAUGAUCACUGUAAACAUGGCUCUAUUCG